AUAACUCUCGCCUCCAGGCUUCUACAACGAAAGAAAACACAGCACCUUCGUUUUUAAAACUCUCUCUCUCUCUGGAUCACUAAAGCUGCGUCUCUUGAAACCCUAAUUUCUCUCCCUUUCUCUAAUCUGAAACCCUAACUCUAAGAAAUCCCCGAACUGCCCUCUCCGCCACUAGCAUUCUUGAAAAAAGUUCAAAUCUUUCUACCUCCAACACUCGAUUUCUACCCGAAUGGACUCAGUGAGUCACCGCUCAAUUAACUGAACUCAGCGAGUCACACUUUUGGUCCCUUGUUUUUACUGGCGGUGGGUUUUGUUAGGAAUGUGAAAAAAUGGAAGGAAAUAAUGGGAAUUCUAGUGAAAAUAGUAGUAGACCACCGAUACCUCUCUCUGCUUCUACCACUACGACGUCGUGCAGACAGUGUUUUAGCAUUGAUCGUGUGCCUGUUAACUGUAAGAAGACUCUGGUUCGUCACAAGUCUCUUGUGAAGACAAAGACGUUGGAUAUCUCUGUUAAACCUCAGCUUGGUGCAGAAAAUCAUGAUGCGGAUUUCAUUCCAAUUAUCCGUUCUGGUGCAUGGGCGGAUAUUGGCUUUCGCUCAAGUAUGGAAGAUGUGUUUUUAUGUGCUGACAAUUUUAUGAGUGAUUAUGGACUCAAGAAUGCUAUUGAUGGGCCCAAUUCCUUUUAUGGGGUGUUUGAUGGACAUGGAGGAAAGCAUGCUGCUGACUUUGCAAGCUACCAUUUGCCAAGAUUCAUUGCUGAGGAUGAAGACUUCCCCAUGGAGGUUGAGAGGGUUGUUGCUUCUGCAUUUCUGCAAACCGACUCUGCUUUUGAGAAGGCUUGCUCCCUGGAUGCAGCCCUUGCUUCUGGAACCACUGCACUAGCAGCUCUUGUUGUUGGGAGGUUGUUAGUUGUGGCAAAUGCUGGAGAUUGUCGGGCAGUUCUAUGCCGCCGUGGCAAUGCCAUUGACAUGUCUAAUGAUCAUAAACCAAUGUGCAGCAAAGAAAGGAAGCGCAUCGAGGCAUCUGGGGGCUACAUUUAUGAUGGUUAUCUCAAUGGACUACUCAAUGUGGCUCGUGCUUUGGGAGACUGGCACAUGGAAGGACUGAAAGGUAAUGGCAGUGAUGGUGGACCACUAAGUGCAGAGCCUGAGCUUAUGACUAGGCAAUUGACUGAGGAAGAUGAAUUCCUCAUUAUAGGCUGUGAUGGGAUUUGGGAUGUGUUCAGGAGCCAAAAUGCUGUGGAUUUUGCUAGGCGGAGGCUUCAAGAGCACAAUGACCCAGUCAUGUGUAGCAAAGAUCUAGUUGAUGAAGCCUUGAAGAGGAAGAGUGGGGAUAAUUUAGCUGUUAUCGUGGUUUGCUUCCAGUCUGAGCCUCCCCGAAACUUGGUUGCCCCACGUCCAAGGGUGCACAGGAGCAUAUCUGCCGAGGGUUUGAGGGAGUUGCAGAGCUUCUUGGAUGACUUGGCAAAAUGAGGCAGUAACAUGUUCCUUCUCUUUCUUUCCUUCUUUUUCUAAUUUAGAGUUUUAGCUGUAGUUCUAGAUAUUGAGAGAAUUGAGUUCCAAUUGUAACAUAUGCGGCGGUUUGUUGCUCGGUUAGAAGUUCAUCUUGGCGGUUUGUUGCUCGGUUAGAAGUUCAUCUUGUUUCAGCCUUUUGUUUGGCCUGAUCUAGACAGUUAAUUUUUUGUGAAGAUGGUUUGUUGUGCGGUAUUAAACUUGUUCAUCAAUACUUGGAGCAUUUACUAGAGUGUUGUGGUUUGGGUGUUUGAUUUUGUUAUAA